AUGAGAAUGUAUGGUGAUGAAAUUUUUCCAAAAUAAAAAAAUGAAAAUCCUAAAAGCAUAUUCUUAUGUUUAUUUGCAUUAUAAAGGGGUGAGUAAGUAUUAUUUUGGGACAAACAAUUUCACAAGGUUGUAUCUAGAACAAGAACACCAACUACAACAAGGGUUUUUUCAGUUUCUCGUUGAAAUCGAAAACACAAACAAACAAUAUGGGCAGAAAAUUCUUCGUCGGCGGCAACUGGAAAUGCAAUGGCACCACUGAUGAGGUGAAGAAGAUUGUUACUACUUUGAAUGAAGCUAAGGUCCCUGGUGAAGAUGUUGUUGAAGUUGUUGUGAGCCCCCCUUAUGUGUUCCUUCCCGUUGUGAAAAGUUUACUCCGCUCUGACUUCCAUGUUGCUGCUCAAAACUGUUGGGUUCGCAAAGGUGGUGCUUAUACCGGAGAGAUUAGUGCUGAAAUGCUUGUUAAUUUGGAUAUUCCCUGGGUUAUUCUUGGUCACUCUGAACGAAGGCAGCUUCUAAAUGAAUCAAAUGAGUUUGUCGGAGAUAAAGUUGCGUAUGCACUUUCACUAGGGAGGAAAGUUAUUGCUUGCAUCGGUGAGACUCUUGAGGAGCGUGAAGCUGGAACAACAAUCGCUGUUGUUGCUGAGCAAACAAAGGCAAUUGCAGCUAAAGUAUCAAAUUGGGAUAAUGUUGUUUUGGCCUAUGAGCCAGUUUGGGCCAUUGGUACAGGAAAGGUUGCAACUCCUGCUCAGGCUCAAGAGGUCCAUGCUGAUUUAAGGAAAUGGGUUCACGACAAUGUGAGUGCUGAUGUUGCUGCUUCACUCAGAAUUAUCUAUGGAGGUUCUGUAAAUGGAGGAAACAGCAAAGAAUUGGCAUCACAGCCCGAUGUUGAUGGAUUUUUGGUUGGCGGUGCUUCUUUGAAGCCGGAGUUCAUUGACAUCAUCAAUGCCGCAACUGUGAAGAACUGAAAUUCUUAGGCAGGAACUUUCAUGCUGCCUUCCAAGCUGCUUCAGAAAUUUCUGUUGAGUUUUGUUUCGGUACUAAAUAAAUGAUUUUCUUUUACAACAUCCGUGGACAAUGAAUUAGAUUUUGGUUAAGUUUCUAAUGCAGAGAUAUUGUACUGCCAUAACAUUUGUUUCUAAUGCAGAAAUAUUGUACUGCCGUAACAUUUGGUCGGUAAAUAAUGUUGAACACCAGUGUUUUACUUCUUUUCUUACUUCCGAUGAUACCCGUGUUAUUUGGACAGUGUUUUGUCUUUGGAGGAUAUGAAUCAUUAGAAUGAGAAAAUUUUAAAUA